AUGAUUGAUGUCAAGAGCCAACAAAAGAGAUGGGUGAUUGGGCUUCUUCAAGUGGCCUUGUCAAGAUAUAGCCCUAUUACCUAUGGGGUCAAAUCAAUGAGAUUGCUAACGGGCAUAGGCUAUUGUCAAAAUGCAUUUUGGCCUUUCUGGUUCAUUCCUCUUUUCAUCUAUGGAUUUUUGCCUCAACUUGCCAUCUUUUAUGGAGACUUUGUAUUAGAAGGAGGAAGUUAUCGAGGAUGGUGGAACGACCAAAGAAUGUGGUUGAUUAGAGGAUCCUCUUCAUUCUUCUUUGGCUUCAUAGAGUUCACUCUCAAACCACUAAACCUCUCCAACCAUGGAUUCAACAUCACUAGCCAAACCAACGAUGAUGAAGAACAAAGAAAGAUGUAUGAGGAAGAGAUUUUUGAUUUUGGGUCCUCUUCGCCAAUGUUCUUACCCAUGACUAUGGUCGCGAUCGUGAAUCUCCUUGCCCUCGUCUGGGGGCUUUAUGGUCUUUUCUUUUCGGAAGAAAGACUCAUACUUGAAUUGAUGUUGGCCAGUUUCGUGGCAGUUAAUUGUUUUCCAAUCUAUGAGGCUAUGGUGUUGAGGAAUGAUAAUGGAAAAUUACCAAAGAAGGUUUGUUUCCUAGCUGGGAUCCAGACAUUUGUUCUUUUUGUGUCAGGUUAG